CCCUAGUAAAAACUUCCAGUGAGCUGAAGUAACAACCAAAGCACAUGCCUGGGCGGGGAAUCAGUUGUCUAAGAGAAUGUUUUAACUCUCCUUAUGGAACCCAGUACUUCAAAGAAUACGCAGAGACGAUUCCUGGAGAGUCGAGACACAAACUCUCAGAAGCUGCCAAGGAGUGUAGCAUUUAUCUUGUUGGAGGCUCCCUUCCAGAAGAGGAUGGUGGAAAGCUGUAUAAUACGUGUACUGUCUUUGGGCCUGAUGGUGUGAUGCUGGCUAAGCCUAGGAAGCUUCAUUUGUUUGACAUAAAUGUUCCUGGGAAGAUCCAGUUCAGAGAGUCUGAGACUCUGAGUCCAGGGAGUGCUUCCUCUGUGUUUGAUACUCCAUACUGUACAGUGGGCCUGGGCAUCUGCUAUGAUAUCAGAUUUGCUGAGCUGGCUCAAGUCUGUGGACAGAAAGGUUGCCAGCUGUUGAUAUAUCCAGGGGCUUUUAAUCUAACAACAGGACCAGCUCGUUGGGAACUACUGCAAAGGGGACGAGCUGUUGAUAAUCAAGUCUAUGUAGCUACUGCAUCUCCUGCUAGAGAUGAAAAAGCAUCCGACGUUGCUUGGGGACACAGCACUGUAGUAAAUCCGUGGGGUGAAGUCAUAGCCAAAGCUGGCACCAAAGAAGCAGGUCUGUACGCAGAUAUGGAUCUGAAGAAGCUUGCAGAAAUCCGUCAACAAAUCCCUGUUUUGAGCCAGAAGCGUAAUGAUCUCUAUGGCAUAGAGAUGAAAAAAUGAAGCCGCGUGAAUGCAGAAGGCUCAGGUGGCAUCAUGGCUGCUGCCUUCAUCUUUAGGAUUCCUUUGCUUGGUAGCUCCAGAGGCUACUGCUAAAUGGAUAGUUAAUAAAAAAAUAAAUAACUAUCUUGUUGGUGUAA